AUGGAUACAGAUUUAAGAAAAUAUUUGCAGCAUCAACAUACAUGGAAAGAAAAAAAUAAAUGUAGUAUGUCAUGUGAGCAUCCGAGUUAUACAGUAGUUGGAAAAGAAUAUACUUUUACAUCUGACAUUUAUAGUUUUCGUAUACUUACGUUGGAAAUUUCAUCAAAUCAGAUACCUUUUGAACGUGAUUAUGAUCUUGCAAUGAAAAUAGUUUAUAGCAUGAGAUCAGAAAUCAAAACAUUUCAAUAUAUACUAGUAUCUCCUAUCGAUUUUUCUAAAAAUGAAGAGAAUUCGUAA